AUGCCCGUACCCAUUAUCAACCGCAUUCCUCUCGAAAUAAUUUCCUAUAUUUUUCGCUUGGCUUAUGCCCAGAGGAAUACGGUCAUAUACGAUAAUGAAAUCUACCCAGGCCCGGUACAAACCACGCUAUCGUUGGUAUGCCGGGAAUGGAGGGCUGUUGUCAAUUCUUGUCAUUUCCUCUGGGAAGACAUCAGCCUACGGUACCACAUAACACCAGAGUCCCGCCCAUAUGAUCCCCAAACCUGCCUUUUCUCAUUAUUCCUCUUGAAAUCAUUGGAAUGGGGCCGUCCAUUCACGAUCAGCCUUGCGUUCCGUGUCGAGGCACCCAUAACUGCCAGCCCAGGACGCUUGUCUGCUAUCAUCAACGACCGAGCCAAUACCAUGGGGAACAUGCUGAAACUUCAAGCAGCACGGCUGAAAGGGUUCUCCCUAAUGACCACUCCGUGGGAGGUACAUUCUGCCUUUUUGCGGGCACUGGAAGGCACGAACUUUCCGAUAUUGAAUAGAUGGUGUUCCAGUUUCGAUGGUGCAGAGGCAGGAAUCGUUCCUGACAUGGCGGGACCAGAAGAUCGGAUCGAUAUCUUUCGAAACAUGCACUUCCCGUCCCUUCAGCACCUGUACCUAGAAGGAGCACUGUGUCGCUGGAGUCACUUUCAACUAAAUCACCUCACCUCUCUCAGUAUCACUCAAAUGUCUGACCCAUUUAGGCUGCACCCUCGACGCCUCGAGCAUAUUCUCCAGCAAAAUGGAGGUUCGCUACAGACACUAUCCCUCCAAGGCUCUUUGUAUCCGGAUCCACAAACGUAUGCUCAGGAGCUCUUUGACGAUGACUUUCCAAAAUUUUCACUACCCCGUGUCGAGGAAUUGACUCUUGGUUUCUUAACGCCCCAAGAAAUCACUCAUUUCAUGGCGCGCAUUGCCAUUUCUCAGCUCCGAGAGCUCAUUAUCAAUAACUUGAAAAGCUCUAUACCUAGGGCUCGCAUGCUACUGGCCCUACUUAGUGCCAUAGUGGCGGAAUUUCCAUCACUUGCCGCGUUGCAGAGGGUGACCCUGCGACGUUUGCGGGCAGGGAGCGGAGAUGUAACCCUCACUCCUCAACAAUGCAAGGAUCUAUUACAGGCCUUGGAGCAAGAAGCCGAAGAUGAUGACCAGGUAGAUGAUGUCGGAGAGAAUGCUGAUGCGGAUGCGGACGAGGAUUCAGAGGCUGAAACACAGGGACAAGCAUGGGGAUGGGAUGACGAUAUAGAACUUGACAACGAGUUCGAGUGGGACACAGAUUUUGAUGUCUAG